AUGCUCUACCUCAUCGCCUCCCCCGUGGCCAUCAUGGCCAACAAGAUCCUGAUGAAGGACAAGGGCUUCGGAUACCCGGUGAUGGUGUCUGCGAUGGGGCAGGUUGCCACCGCCUUGUGCGCCGCCGUCGUCGUCUUCAUCACGGGCGAGAGCCUCGAGACGGGCCGCAAGAUCGGCGCCACCACGCUGCUCGUGCUCGGCUGCGUCUCGGCGCUGGCGCUGGUGCUCGGCCAGUACCCGUACUUUUACCUGACCGUGGCCUUCAUCCAGAUGCUGAAGGCCUUCUCGCCGGCGUACAUGAUCUGCUUCCUCUUUUGCCUCGGCGCGGAGCCGCCGGUCAACUUUUCGCUCAUCGGGGUUCUCUUUAUGACGAUGGCGUCUUGCUCGGAUGCGCUCCGGCUCGUGAUUGCGCAAAAGCUGCUCAAGAACCAAAAGAUGGGCUCGUUCGAGGCCUCCUCCUCCUCUCCUCCACCUCUCCUCCUCCUCUCCUCCUCCUCUCCUCCUCCUCUCCUCCUCCUCUCUUCCACCUGCGAGCUCGGCCGACGCGGAUUUCUUUUCCUCUUCACAGCUGUGACGGGGGCGCGCCGAGAUUGUGCGAGAUCGCGCGAGGCGGUCCCAGAUACGUACACCGUCGCCAAGAGCCAGGCGGUGGCUCAUUACUGA